UUUCAAUGGCUUCUCUGUGUAGUCUGACAUUAUAGUUGUUGGAGUGGUCAAGUAUUUCAACAACAACUUUAGGAGGAGAUGGGCGGAGUGUGAUGCUGGUGCGCCCCUCUUUCCUGGAGCCAUAAAGAGAGCUGCUCAUUGGCCAAUCCCUGGCCCGGACCCAGGAGAGGUUGGGGUUGGUGGGGGCAAGGUAAAGGGUGGGCCGAGGGGACUUCGCCUUUCCUCCCCCCUCGCGUCCUUUUGGCCCCAUCUGCGCCCCAGGCACGUGGCGCUACCUUGAAAGAGCCUCUUCGGCUACGUCUAAGGGAUGGAGAGUGACGGACAGAGAGACCCGACGGGAGAGACGGAUCGGCUGCGAUCCUGACCGAAAGAGAGCGACUGGGAGAGGAGCACGAGUCAGCUGAGCCGCACCGAAGUCCCUGGGCCUUUCCCCUCCUCCCCAAUGGCCUCUUCCGCGGCGGAAAGGGCUCCCUCCAAGGACCCCGAAGGCGGCGGCGGCGAGGCGGCGGGAGGCCGGAGCGAGUCCCUGCUGCUGCUCCUCCGCGGCGGCGGCGCUGCUGCUGCUCCCCUGGGCCCGGGGCCCCCGCCGCCUCUCCCUCCCGCGCCCCCCGCGCGUUUCCUGGGCGCCCUUCCUCCGCCCGAGCCCUUCCCCACGGGCCCCGUCCCCUGCGCCCCCGGGAUGCUGGCGGGCCCUUUCCCCUUCUGCCCCGCCGGCCCUUUCGGGGCGCCCACCACUCCACCGUCCCUGCCCCCUCCUCUGCCCCGCCCGGUGCCGGUCUUCGCGGCGCCUUUGCCGCCCAAGACGGAGCCCUCCUGGACGCCGCCCAAGAAGAAGAAGCGCGGCCCCGACGGAGCCCCCCGCAGCAGCAGCAGCAGCAGCCCGCCCGCCGGGUACUGCUUCUCCGCCCAGGAGCUGCACGCCGUGCUCUACGGCGCCGGAGCCGGAGCAGUGGAUGCCCAACCUCCACUGUUGGACAGAGCGGCUUUACAACUUCCUGAAGGGCUGACGGUGCUGCAGAGGGUCACUCCAGAGGGGCCACAGCUGGGCGUCUUCUGCACCCAGACCCUCCCCAAAGGGCUCCGCUUUGGCCCUUUCCAGGGCAAGAUUGUCAACACCAGUGAGAUCAAGACCUAUGAUGACAACUCCUUGAUGUGGGAGAUCUUCGAGGAUGGCCGCUUGAGCCACUUCAUUGACGGCAAAGGUGCUUCGGGGAACUGGAUGGCACUGGUGAACUGUGCCCGUUUCCCUGAGGAGCAAAACCUGGUUGCCGUCCAGUGCCAGAGCAAGAUCUACUACGAGAGCUGCAAGACCAUUCCUCCUGGCCAAGAGCUGCUGGUCUGGUAUGGCGAUGGCUAUCUGCAGUUCCUGGGCAUCCCUCUCAGCCUCAAGGGCACCCUGGAUGCCCAGCGUUCCCAGCACCAUCCAGAAGAGUCAGUGGAGGGCUAUAAGUGUGAACAGUGUGGGAAGGUAUUUGCCUACAAAUACUAUCGGGACAAACAUCUGAAGUACACGCGAUGUGUGGACCAAGGGGACAGGAAGUUUCCAUGCCAACUUUGCCGCCGAUCCUUUGAAAAAAGAGACCGCCUAAGGAUCCACGUUCUCCACGUCCACGAGAAGCACAAGCCUCAUAAAUGUAGUAUAUGUGCUAAAAGUUUCUCGCAGUCAUCCAGUCUAAACAAGCACAUGAGGGUUCACUCUGGGGAACGGCCUUAUAAAUGUGUCUACUGCAACAAGGCAUUCACUGCUUCCAGCAUCCUGCGUACUCACAUCCGCCAGCAUUCUGGAGAGAAACCCUUUAAGUGUAAACACUGCGGCAAGGCAUUUGCUUCACACGCUGCCCAUGACAGUCAUGUACGGCGCACGCAUAAUACUAAAGACAAGCCUCGCACUUGCACGGUGUGUGGUAAAACAUUCUUAGAGGCAGAUGAAUUUCGCUUCCAUGCAAAGUUACAUGCAACGAUUCAGACGACAAACUAACAGCUGAAGCUUUACUAUUUCUGUCUUCUCGUUGCAACGGGAUGUUUUAAAGUACUGCUUACCUUUUUAGCAGCCGUUAAGACUUUCAGAACUUGAUGUUCACCUCUUAGUAAAACAAAUCAGCAAAGGACUAUAAAACAAUAGUGAGAUGCCAUAUCAAAUUAAUUUGCCAACAACUAUUCUACACAUGUUUCCAGUGUCGUGCCUAUUUCAGAUGGAGGUGAUUAAGUGUAUUUCUUUUGUUGUGGUUAUCCCCCUCUUGCUUCCCAGUUCAUUAGUGAAUUAUUGUAUCAUUUCACUUGUUGUUUUGGAAAUGUAUUAUUAACUUAACCUGUUAAAAGAGCAAAGGAAACAGUUGAGAGACUUUUAGAGGCCCCUUCUAGAGUUCAGUCAGUUGAACUCAUACCAUUUCAAGUGAAUUUAAUUGUAUUUAUGGGAUACUCCUGAUGGUGUGUGGGUUGUUGAUGGUUUUGUCUGAUUUUUCCUUAUAUCAGGAAAAAGGGGAAAUCUGAGAAAACCACCCCAAAUGCGUACACCAAUGGAAAUCUCUGGUGGAUCUUGGUCCCUUCUGCAAAGAAGGAUGAGUUGAGCUGGUCUCAACCAUUUAAAUUUUUAUUCUGGUUCUUACGAAUUCAUAGCCUGUUACAUACAUACAUUUUAGCUAGUCUAUUUUUCUUUGUCCUUUUUGUCCUGAAUGUAGACUAUGCCACUACCUCCCAGUUUUCAUGGCAUUAAUGUGAGAGGAACUGUAAAAGAAACUUGUAUGGGGGAAAGAAGCACCAUCUUCCAGUAUUGCACUUUUCAGGCUCUGAAACUGAAUUUUAAAUUAAACUACAUUUAAAAAUCAGUUUCUGGUUUCCAUGGGUGCAGCUUUAGAAACGACAGCUCACUGUUCAUGCAUGUUCCUUCCUUACCUGUUACCUUUCUGUGUAGCUUUUAAUGUUUUGAUUGAUAUGAACAAUAAAACUGGCUUUCUUGUGGAA